AUGCAGGUGGUGGUCGCAAGCUGCGGGUUUGGAGGCUUCGGCUCGUCUGGGACCGGCUGCAACGGCACGGCCAGCAUCGUCCGGUGCUGCCAGGUGGAGGAAGGGAACCUGACGUCCGGGGGAUGUCAGGUGAAGACGACGUUCGCCGGUCUCGCCUCGUGCUACGAGGAGAAGCAGUUCGUGCAGGGCGCGUGAACAUCCCUGUCUGGAGGGUGCAGCGGCGCGGCGCAUUCGGUCGAGUGCUGCAGCUAUCACCUCGACUGGAAGAGGAUGUACCCGGAGGAGCCACUCACAAGUUGGUCCGUCGACGGAUUCUUCCCCAGCUGUAUGGAUGGGAGGCUCCCGGUGGGCCGCUGCUCGUCGGCGGAUCGAUGCGCCGGGUGCACGGUCGAGUCUACCUACCAGUUCACCACUUUGGAGUGCGCCGUCG